GUGACAGUGCUAUGAUUAAGGUCUGGUUAGGUUUAGGUACAAAAAUACUUGGUUGGUGUUAGGGAAAGAUCAUUGUUUGAGUCAAAACUCACUCUCGCGAGAUAUUUCGCAGGUGUGAGUUACCACCUAAACACGACCCAAAUCGUGUGAUCACAUGGAGCAUACAGCGACAGAUUAGCCCGGUAGUAGGUUAAUUUAACACUUUAUUAACACAGCAGGAGAGAUGAAAACAUACACGUUCAUCAUCUAGAAAAGGACGGUACAAGAUGUAAGAUGUUGUUCCUAGCCACAAAUACUUUUUUUUUUUUUUUUUAACUAACGUGACGCUCUUGAGUGUCUCUCAGUAACCAGCAUGGUGCCAAUAACAGUCAGCCUGACGUGUGAAGGUCAGGGGAUGACAAAGGCCGCAGUGACUUCACCUUUAUCUGGGAAGUAACAGAAAAUCUGUAAAACCAGCUCAGGCUGCUGGACCCUCCUGACUGAUGGGUGUGGACAAAGACAUUUCCCACCAGUCUGACUGCGCAACGGGACAAGAUCAGAACUUUCUCCGACUUCAGUCAGAACUUAAAGACAAUCACGAUGGACCCGUCCAACCAGAAGCACUUCACGGCUGUAGACUAUGUGAUAUUUGCCAUCUUGUUGGCUGCCUCUAUAGGCAUCGGGCUGUACUAUGCUCUGUCUGGUGGGCGUCAGCGCACCACUCAGGAGUUCUUGUUGGCAGACAGGAGUAUGCGCUGUCUUCCUGUUUCUCUGUCGCUCAUCGCCUCAUUCCAGUCGGCCGUGGCGAUCAUCGGUGUACCAGCAGAGAUCUACGCUCACGGUACUCAGUACUGGUUCAUCGGCUUUGCUUACGUUCUCGGCCUCCUCAUUCCAGCUCAUGUUUUCAUUCCCGUGUUGUACAGAUUGCAGCUCUCCAGCGCUUACCAGUAUCUUGAACUGCGAUUCAGUAAAGCAGUGCGCAUCUGUGGAACUCUGACCUUCAUCUUUCAGACGGUUGUCUAUAUGGGAGUUUGUGUAUAUACUCCUGCCUUUGCACUGAAUGCAGUUACUGGAUUUGAAUUAUGGGGAGUCGUGCUGGCUACUGGACUUGUGUGCACACUGUACACAACAAUGGGUGGGUUGAAGGCUGUCAUCUGGACAGACGUCUUUCAGACUGUUGUGAUGUUUGCAGGGCAGCUGGCUGUCAUUGUGGUGGGAAUACAGCAAACUGGAGGAGUGUCUGAAGUCUGGAGGAAAGCCUGGGAGGGAAACCGCAUCUCUGGUCUCGAUUUAAACCCAGAUCCUACAGAGAGACAUACUUUCUGGACUCUUGGCGUUGGCGGGAUCUUCCUCAUGCUGUCCCUUUAUGGAGUGAACCAGUCUCAGGUCCAGAGAUAUAUCAGCGCUCGCACAGAGAAAGAUGCUGUCAGGUCUUGCUACAUGGUGUUUCCCUCCCUGCAGUUGGCUCUGGCACUAAGCUGUGUGAUGGGACUGGUUAUGUUCGCACGUUACUGCGGAGAGGAUCACUCUGACAAGCUGGGCACCUCUUCGAGGGAUGCGAUGGUCAUAUACUUUGUGAUGGAUAUGCUGCAAGGUCUACCUGGGCUACCUGGACUUUUUGUUGCAUGUUUAUUCAGUGCAGCUCUCAGCACCAUCUCCUCUGCCUUUAACUCUCUGGCCACAGUCACAAUGGAAGACCUCAUCAAACCGCAGUUCCCUGCCAUGACAGAAGCCAGAGCGACCCUGCUGUCCAAAGCUUUAGCUAUGUCCUACGGGCUGCUGUGUCUGGCCAUGGCCUACCUAACUCACCUAAUGGGUGAUUCAGUUCUUCAAGUGGCUUUGAAGAUCUUCGGGAUGGUUGGUGGUCCCAUUCUUGGCGUGUUUUGUCUCGGGAUGUUCUUUCCGUGGGCCAAUUCCACCGGCGCACUGGCAGGUUUGGGGUCAGGUCUGGCUGUGGCUUUCUGGGUCGGCAUCGGGAGCAUCGUCGCUCGUAGCGCCAGCACCAGACUACUGCCACCCGACUGUAGAGCCACCCUGCUGUCGGACAACACGACUGCUGCCGUUCAGACUGCCCUCGGCAAUGUCACACUGAGCUCACCAUCUGGACUGAAAAGAUUUUACUCAUUGUCCUACAUGUGGUACAGUGCGUUCAGCUGCUUCACAGUCAUCCUAGUAGGCCUGAUCAUCAGUUUUCUCACAGGUCCUAUGAAAGAAGAGGAUGUGACACCAGGCACAUUCUAUCCUUUGUUAGGGAAACUGCUGUUUUUUCUACCCGAACGCCUCAAAAAGAAGCUCUGCUGUGUGACCCCUCUGAGACAGACACUGUCACCACAACAAAGACAACCUCCGCAACUCAAAGAAAGCAAUGGAUUGGCCUUCACACUAGACAACGGAUCAUCCCAGGAAGAGACGGAGAGUUUUCUCCCUGACACUCACACACUUUUUGUGGAGCAUGAAACAGCUGUUUGAUAUCUCAGGCUGUGAAACGGUUACACAUUUUGCACUUGGAAUAAAAACAUAUACAAAUUUUUGUUACUUUUUGUUGCCUCUGCCUUGCGAUGAAGAAUGUAAUUUCAAAUUCAGAUAUAGGACAAAGCUAAACAUCAGUCAGUCAACACUAGAUGAGUUUCUUUUUUCAAGAAAAGACUGAGUGCAGCUGAGUCUGUUACUGCUCUACAAAAAGUCACAUGUUUGAUGGUCAACUUCAGGUGCAUGGUCACUGAUUUACAUUCAGUUGGUUCCUUGCAUGAAGGAUGUUUCUGUAUACAAAAAAAAAAAAUACUGCACUAUACCGUUAUUUGAGAAUUCUUGAAUGUCUAGUGAACUUAAAAUGUUUUAUACCGGUAUUAACUAUGUACUUGAUUAUUGUUCAGCACUACUGCAGCUGUGAGUGGUCCUUUGUCAUGCUCUUUGAGAUGACGGUGCCUUGCUUUCUAAGAAUGUACGAGUGAAUUUUGUUUAUAAUUCAGCUGAAACACUGAAUUUUUUUUUUUCUAAAAAAGGAUUAAAGAUUUUGUAGGUAC